AUGUGUAAAUUGCUUGGAAUAAAGAAAACUAGAACUACGCCUCUACACCCCCAGUCCGACGGAAUGGUGGAACGGUUUAAUCGAACUAUAGAACAUCAGUUGGCAAUUUUUGUAAACGAGAAUCAGAAAGAUUGGGAUGAACAUAUACCUCUGUUCCUGAUGGCUUAUCGGAGAGCUACCCACGAGUCAACGGGACUCACACCAGCACAGGUGAUGAUGGGACGAGAAUUAAGAGUCCCUUUGGAUUUGCUGAUGGAGAUUCCUUCUAAGAAGAAUUACGUGAAAAAGUUGUCUUACGUGGAAAAGUUGGAGGAGAGUAUGGAUAUUGCACAAUGUUUUGCACGGAAACGGUUGAGGAUCACGACAGAUCGGAUGAAAACAAGGUACAAUAUUAAUGCUACGGCGGUAACACUGAGCGUUGGAACCCCUGUAUGGCUGUACAGACCACAGCGAAAGAAAGGACUAUCUCCUAAACUAUCCAAGCCUUGGGUCGGUGCGUAUGUUAUUCUGAAACGAAUUAACGAUUUGGUAUUAUAG